CUUCUGUAGCUAGGACAUCACAGUUUAUCAAAAGAUUCAGCAAGAAUGAGGGUUGCAAUAGUAUUAGCAGUAUUUUUAUUUGUGUCACUGGCUACUAUUCAGACCAGCGAGGCUUUCAGUUUAUUUGGAUGGUUUAAGACAGCAAAACAUGAUCCUUCAGCAUUGUCCUUUGAAGGCAGUGUUGAAGAUGGAGACCUUCCCCCUUUACCUACUAUCACACCUUUUCCACCACGACCUACCGGAAAGCCUUCACCAAGGCCACCUCCUUCACCAGAACCAACACCGUUGGACUAACUUCCAUCACCAUCGUCAGAUAUUGGACUACCAAGUUUUCAUACAUCUCUGGCAACUUCUGCAUAUAAUUUGACAUAAUUGUUAUUGUAUUGUAUGUAAUUGUUUCUAUUAUAUUACUAUUAUUAAUUUACAUACUAUUCUAUUUGUAUGUAAUUCUUUCUUUUUGAAUAUAUUUAAAAAUAUAUUA